AUGGUAUCCCCCGCACCAUCUUCGACCCCGCAUUUGGAAGGGCAGGUCAAUGGCGCCAAUGCCCUCCCCGUGCGCUCCGGUCCCAAGUUGUACGGCAGCAACGAUGGCUCUUAUUCAGGCGCUGGAACUCCCAUUGGGUUUCAAAGACACCCUCACAACAAGACCCUGGACAAUGUUGCUGGGUCAAGUUUGCGCCAACCCUCUCCUCAGCCCACCCAUUUGGGCAUUCCAGGUGGUAGCCCGCACCGCAUUUUGUCGGAGGAAGAUCCCGGCUAUGUUGCUGCCAAGUUUGAGGGCAAGGAAAAGCAGAUGGAGCAAGUCAUGGACCAGCUGGAGAGCAAAGGUUUCAUUCCCAGCGAAUUCGUCGUCGGAGAAACCGAAUGGUUCUACAAUCAGCUUGGGAUCGACGAUACCUAUUUCCAGACCGAAUCUGUGGAUGCCAUCGUCACCCAAAUCCUCUCCCUUUAUGCGGCCAAGGUUGCAGCUUACGCCCGUGAUGACAAGAAGCUCGAGAUCCGUCUGGACAAGGAGGCUGAAGAUCAUGCCGUCUAUAUCGACACCAGCAAACCCGGCAUGGCAAGUGUCGAUGGUCCACGAUACGAGCAAAGAAUUGACAAGAAAUAUAUCAAUGGCUCGACCCCGGAAAACAGCUACCGUGUAGAGACUUUCCGGUCGCCAACCUCGAUGCCUGGCGAUGAUGGUCAGCAGCUCCGUUGCUACUUCGUGUACAAGUGCCAGUUCGCAAACCCCAACCCCGGCCCCAAUGAGACCAAUAUCGAUAUCAUCGGUGAGAAGAGGUUUCUGCAGAAGGCAACGGCCAAUACCAAGGCCAUCUACCAGGAGAUCAUCAGCAACGCCGUUGCUCGGUCCGGUCCCGUCAUCGAGAUGUUUGAGAUCGAGAAAAGUCGUGAAAAGAGACUGGUCAUUGCCUAUCGUCAAGGUUCUGCCAUGGGUUUGUUCAGUGCACUUUCCGAUCUGUACCAUUACUACCGUUUGACAAGUUCCCGGAAGUACCUGGAGAACUUCUCCAACGGUAUUACCGUCAUUUCUCUCUACCUGCGCCCCGUGAAGGAUGCAGAGAUCGCCGCCAAAUAUCCACCCAUCGAGGCAGCUAUCCAUCAGAUCAUCAAAGAAGUCUCUCUCCUAUACUGUAUCCCUCAAAACAGAUUCCAGCAUCACUUUGCCAGCGGUCGUCUUAGCUUACAGGAAACCAUCUAUGCGCACUGUGCCUGGGUGUUUGUACAGCAGUUCCUCAACCGUCUGGGCUCCGAAUACAUUUCUCUAUCUGAUCUGCUGGACUCCAACAACAGCGUCCAUGCAGAGCUAUUGGCUAAGAUCAAGAAGCGGCUUCGUACCGAAACGUUCACCUCUGACUACAUCUCGGAGAUCGUCAAUAAAUACCCGGAGCUCAUCCACAAGCUCUACUUAGAUUUUGCCAAUACCCACUACGUGCAAACACGCGGCCCUGCCGAGGAUGAUUUUCUACCAACCCUGAGUUACCUCAGGCUUCAGGUUGAUGAGGUUCUGGAUGGCCCGAAGCUCAAGCAGCUCAUCACGAGCACCGCGGCUAAUGAACACGACGAGAUGGUCAUGAGCGCCUUCCGUGUGUUUAAUGCCUCGAUUUUGAAGACGAACUUCUUCACCCCCACCAAGGUGGCCCUCAGCUUUCGGCUUAACCCGGAGUUCCUGCCGGAACAUGAGUACCCCCAGCGCCUGUAUGGUAUGUUCCUGGUCAUCAGCUCUGAGUUCCGAGGAUUCCAUCUACGGUUCCGCGACAUCGCUCGUGGAGGCAUCCGUAUCGUCAAAAGCAGGAACAAGGAAGCUUACAGUAUCAAUGCCCGCUCACUGUUCGACGAAAACUAUAACCUGGCCAACACGCAGCAGCGCAAGAAUAAGGAUAUCCCCGAAGGCGGUGCUAAGGGUGUGAUCCUUCUGGACGUGAACCACCAGGACAAAGCCCGUGUCGCCUUCGAGAAGUACAUUGAUAGUAUCUUGGACCUUUUGCUGCCGCCUGUCAGCCCGGGGAUCAAGGAUCCGAUUGUUGAUCUGCAUGGAAAGGACGAGAUUCUCUUCAUGGGACCUGACGAGAACACGGCCGAGCUUGUGAACUGGGCCACCGAACAUGCGCGGAACCGAGGCGCUCCCUGGUGGAAGUCUUUCUUCACCGGAAAGAGCCCCAAGUUGGGCGGCAUCCCUCACGAUACCUAUGGCAUGACAACCUUGUCUGUUCGACAAUACGUCCUCGGAAUUUACCGCAAGUUGAAGAUCGAUCCUUCUACUGUCCGGAAACUGCAAACUGGUGGCCCCGAUGGUGACCUGGGCUCGAAUGAGAUCCUUCUCUCCAACGAAAAGUACACUGCUAUUGUGGACGGAUCUGGUGUCAUUGUUGACCCCCAGGGCCUGAACCACGAUGAGCUUGUGCGACUUGCUAAGAAGCGAGUGACCAUUUCUGAAUUUGACCUAUCGAAGCUUUCUGCGGAAGGUUAUCGGGUGCUGGUCGAUGAGAGUAACGUCAAGUUGCCAAGUGGUGAGAUUGUCCACAAUGGAAUGACCUUCCGCAAUACAUUCCAUUUGCGCCGGGACCAGCAGUACGAUAUGUUUGUUCCUUGCGGAGGUCGUCCAGAGUCCAUUGAUCUUUCGACUGUUGGAAAGCUCAUCCGGGAUGGCAAGUCUAUCAUCCCGUAUAUGGUUGAGGGCGCCAAUCUGUUCAUCACCCAAGACAGCAAGCUUCGACUCGAGAGAGCCGGCUGUGUUUUGUUCAAGGACGCCUCUGCCAACAAGGGUGGCGUAACGUCGUCCUCGCUCGAAGUGCUUGCUUCCUUGUCUUUCGACGACAAGGAGUUCGUUGAAAACAUGUGCGUUCGCGAAGAUGGCACCGUGCCAACAUUCUACAGUGAUUACGUCCGACAGGUGCAGGAGAUCAUCAAGCAGAACGCUACGCUUGAAUUCGAAGCCAUCUGGCGCGAGCACAUGCAAACCGGUGUGCUCCGCAGUGUGCUGAGCGAUCGCCUCAGUGUGGCCAUCACCAAACUCGACGAAGAGCUGCAGGAGACAGAGCUCUGGGAUAACCUGGAGCUCCGCCGAUCUGUCCUGGGCGAUGCUUUGCCAAAACUUCUUUUGGACAAGAUUGGUCUCGAGACCAUUCUUGGACGGGUUCCGGAGAGCUACCUGCGGGCCAUCUUUGGCAGCUACCUUGCCAGCCGCUUCGUAUACGAAUAUGGUAGCGGCCCUUCUCAGUUCUCCUUCUUUGACUUCAUGACCAAGCGUCUCGCCCAGCUUAAGGCAUAG